AUGGCGAAACAGAAGCAACUGACAGCUCAGGAGCUGUACAGGCAGCGCAGACAGAGGGAAGAGCAGGAAAGGACGGCAUACCUACCGCCAGGCCUGAUUAACCAUGGAAAUACCUGCUUCAUGAACUCUGUUCUUCAAGGUCUGAUUGCCACCCGGUUACUCUCCGAUCUUGUCCACUUUGCACCGAUUCCACCUAGCGUCCAGCAACGAGCAGCCACCGUAAUCGCAGGACAGAGAUCGCCCCAGUUGACGAACGGGCACAACCUGGCAGGACCGUAUGAGCAGAAAUGGGUCAACUGUAUGCCAAUUGGCGAUAUGUUUCUCAGCACCAUCUACAGAGCCUGGGAACUUCAAGCGAAACGGCAGAAGGAGAUUAUGAGUCCGCGGUCGGUUCUGAGCGCCCUUGGUCGCAAGUAUGACCAAUACCUCGACUUUGCGCAGCAGGACGCUCAUGAAUUCCUGCGGAUAUUGCUGGAUGCGAUGCGUAUGGAGGAACAUGAUAUCAUCAAGCAACGACAGCCUCCGCCUCCCCCAAAGAAACGACGGAGAUCGACCCUUGUACCGGGGCCGCCACCACCACCACCACCUCCUCCACCUAUCCCUGAGGAAGAAACUCUGAUCUCAUUCGUGGAUAUGAUCUUUGGCGGGCGCCUCACCAGCAUCCUCGUCUGCCAGAAAUGCAAACAUAUAUCCCAGACUUAUGAAGACUUCAACGACAUCAGCCUCAGCAUCAAGCCAGAAGACUACUCGUUCAACCGGAAACGCAAUCGACUGAAGAAUUUGGCGAAACGACUGACGGGAAACCUUCCGGCCUUUGCGGUGCCAGAGCUUGUACAGAGGUCAUCGAGUGUGCCGCCGAGUCCGAAGGAGCGGCCAGAAGGGCAGUUGAUCAGACACGACGAUUCACCGCCGCCAUCAACCGCAGUGAGGAGGAAGAGUAUGGAGUUUCAUCCGACGCCCGAGGCAACACCCGCGGUGGAGACGAAUGGGACGGAUGGGGCGAACAGGACGAAUGCCACUGAAGAGGACCCGCAUCUACUUGUCAAUGUCACUGGACCAGAAGGGAAGCACAUCGAAUUCGUGGAGGUUUCGAGCAGCAAGGGGGAUGCUAGCGAUAAAGAGAAGGAGAAGAAGGACAAAGACUCUGAUUCAGAGAGCAACUGGGCGAAGCUCGGAAGGAGGCUUAGUCUCGGACUCGGAAAACCAAAGGACAAGGAGAAAAAGAGUCGGGCGCACCAUCGAGUGUCCGCGCCAAUAAUCGAAGGCGUACCGCUUGACCUUCUGGACGAGUCAGCAGCUCCGAAGCCGACGCUGUUACACCCACAUCGCGCGAGCGUGCCACCGGGAGCGCUUGAAUCGCCCGCAGCCACGAUCAACUCUCAACUCACGGAUUCACCCAGGCCAUCCAUGGAUUCGUCCGCUUCGAUAAGCUCCAUCCCCUCCAAGGUUCCCCGUUCCAAAUCACCUAAACCACCUAAACCAACCGCGGCCGAGACAGAGUACCUUCGAAGGAUUUUGGCAGAUAUAGACACUUCGACAUCAACCUCCAAAGGCGCCAACCACCACCCGCUUCCCCAUCCAUUCUCCCCUCAUGCAAUGUGGUUAGGAGGGAAGACGCUCUCAGGAAUCGAGGAGUGCUUGAGGAUGUUUACGGCUGUCGAGGUCCUAGAUGGUGAGAACAUGGUCGGAUGCCGGCGGUGUUGGAAGAUCGCGAAUGGUAUGUCAGUUAAAAGCAAGUCAAAGGGGGGUGUGGUGGACGAUGAUGAAGAUUCGGAUAGCGCGGGUGGGGAUGAGGUGAUUAUCAGCGAACCGCCGCCACCAGUUCAGCCCGAAGCGAGCAGCAGUGGCCACCCUCAGCGUCCAGGCCCUUUAGCUCACAUCCAACCACCUGGCGUGCACAUUCCGACAUCGAUAUCGACACCGACUGUUUCCUUCUACGGGAGUCGACCUGAGGACGAGGAAGAGCCGCUGAAGGACAAGAGUGAUACGCGAUCCAUAUCCUCGCUGCCCACGAGGGCAAUGAGCAACCAAUACCACACUGCGUCGUCUUCGGCGUCUGCCAGUACGUCGGGACGCGAUAGCCCGGAUGGAACAGGCCCUGGAGGUCUGCCCAUCCCUGUGAUAUCGACGACUGCCCCUCCCGAUUCGUUAGCGGACGAGUCGUCAGAGUCCGCUGCACCUUCAAUCCGUGAAAGCUCCCCCGAACCAGAGCCUCCACAGUCGUUACCGAACGGAAUAGUUGCACCGAGGCCCGUACGGCCUUCCAACUUCAACGACUCGGACUCAUUGCUGCCUCCGCCGCGUCAUGUGAAGAGGAAAGGAGAUGUGACCACUACAGAUGAAGAGGAGAGUUCCGGGGAUGAGACAGACACGUCCGUCGGGACGUCUGUUUCGGCGGAUUCUGUUGCUGGGGCUCAUACACCAUCAGCAUCCGGAACGACGUCUACGCCUCAAACGCAACCUAAACCCCAACCCAAGAAACCGCCAAAGCCUAAACCUGUUAUCAUGCGUCCGGCCUACAAACGCUAUCUCAUAGCUACCCCUCCACCGGUCCUCGUCAUCCAUCUCAAACGCUUUCAACAACUGAAUAAGAACAAUCCGUUCACGAGCUUCUCAUACGGGUUUAAGAAGUUGGAUGACUAUGUGACGUUCCCGGAGUAUCUUGAUUUGGCGCCGUUCCUCGCGCCCAAGAAGGAGGAUUAUGGUUUGGGUAGUAAGAAGAAUAGGUUGAAGAAUAAACUUAAGGUGGGUAUGGGCCAAAAGGCAGAGGAGGAGCGUUGCAUGUAUCGGCUGUAUGCUGUUGUGGUGCAUAUUGGGAACAUGCUUGGUGGGCAUUACAUUGCCUAUACCGCUUUGCCUUCAGUGUCGCCCAUUGAGGGAGAGGGGCUCGCUACUAAGGAGUACGAGGAGAAACUGGCGGCAGUUGCUUCCGCUGCUACCACGCCACCCACAACGGCAAACCCGUCGACAGGUCCUGCUGAGGGCUCGGGUUCAAAGUCGUCGACUAAUGGAUCCAAGCCCGUUGAUCUCCAGCCAACAAACAGUAGUCCUUCGAUUUCCGUCGAGCCACCGACGCCCAUUCCCACUGCCCCGCUUUCCUUGUCCUCCAUUGCAUCGAUACCCGCCCCACAACCACCACCUCAACCUCAGACCCCGCCUCAGUCUCAGUCUCAGCCUCAGCAAUCCAACUCCACCUCUUCAUUGCCAUCAACCUCGACCUCGACGACAAAACCUCCAGCCAUUCCAGCGACAAUCUCGCAGUCUCACUCCCAAGCGUCUUCUCAGUCAGGGAAGUCCUCGAGUUCCACGACUGGAUCGCAUUCGAAACAGCAUGAGACGGGGAAGGCAAAGGAUGCUUCGCAACCCAAGGAACGACAGUGGGCCUAUAUCAGUGAUACGAUUGUGCGGUUGACUACGUUAGAGGAGGUUUUGAACGCCAAGGCGUAUAUCUGUAUGUAUGAGAGGUGUUGA